UUGAAACUCGAACCGCCUCAGUCGAACAUGAACUACGAUGAGGACGGCACGCGUCCGCGUCGCCUCCUCGCGUCCCGCACGUUCUCCGCAACGUAAACAUUGAUCAGUGAAGUGUACCAUCAUCCAGUGAACUUGAAUAAAAUUUAAGUGUAUGAGUGAAUGAACAAAUUUCAAUACGAUCAAAGACAAAUGUAUAAAGAAAAUGUUUCAAUUUGUGACUUUUUUACUAGUGACUUUGGGUGUAAUUUCCGCGUAUGUCACGAGAGAUUCGGAUAACUGUCGAAAAGAUUUCGAUGGCGAUAAGGGCACAACUUUGUGUCAUGUGCGGACGCUUGAAACGAAUGGAUCGAAUCUUGCAUCGGCACCUUCUGAGAGUACGAGAAGUUUAACCGUCGAGUGUAACCAACUUCUGUUAUUUGAAAGUUAUCUUGAAGCAAACUAUUUUCAAAGAUUCGUAACAUUGGAGGAGUUAACUCUACGCAACUGCAAACUACUUCGGGUACCUGGGAAUGCUUUUGAAGGAUUACGUGAACUUAAGAAGUUAUCAAUACGAACUAAAAACUAUGAGUGGAGCCAUAAUAAAAUUUUGGAACUUUCACUCGGAACUUUCAAUGGUCUACGGGAACUACAGACACUUGAUUUAGGAGAAAACAAUCUCAAAUCAAUACCUUCAGAUGUUUUCUGCCCUUUAGAUAAUUUGCAAAUAUUGAACAUCACUCAUAAUAAAAUCAAGGCCAUAGACCGUCUUGGCUUUGGGACAAGUUGUGGAUCUGGUUUAAGGAACCUAGACCUAAGCCACAAUGAGAUAAAAUCUUUGAGUGAAGAGUCGGAAAUAUCUGGACUUCGUCGUCUCCAAGAGCUCAGACUUCAACAUAAUAACAUUAGUGAUAUCUCAAGUGAAAUAUUUAAUGGACUCAUUUCAUUACGCAUAUUGAAUAUUUCUCAUAAUAAUUUGCAUACCAUACCCGAGGGCACAUUCUCUAAUACGAAAGAGUUGCGAGAAAUAUAUCUGAAUAAUAACAUACUAUUUGAAUUGGCCAGAGGCGUUUUGCACCGAUUAGAACAGCUGCUUGUCUUAGAUUUAUCGAAUAAUCAACUCUCAAGCGCUCAUAUCGAUGGAGGAACAUUUAUUGGUCUUAUACGCUUAGUCAUUCUGAAUUUAUCCAAUAACGCCUUGACGAGGAUAGAUGGUAAGACGUUCAAGGAUUUAUUCUUCCUUCAAAUAUUAGAUUUAAGAAAUAACUCAAUCGGCUAUAUUGAAGAGAACACUUUCCUUCCUUUGUAUAAUUUACAUACUUUAAAUUUAGCCGAAAAUAGAUUGCAUACUAUUGACGAGUUCCUUUUUAAUGGCUUAUUUGUUUUAAGUAAAUUAAAUUUAAAUAACAAUCUUCUCAUUAACAUUGAUGCAAAGGCAUUUAAAAAUUGUUCAGAUUUGAAAGAAUUAGAUUUAAGUUCCAACCAAUUAACCGACGUUCCAAGAGCUGUUUGGGAACUGUCCGUAUUAAAAACUUUAGAUUUGGGAGAAAACUUAAUUAACGAUAUUAAAAAUGGGUCAUUUAAGAAUUUAGAUCAGUUAACUGGCUUACGAUUGAUAGAUAACCAAAUCGGAAACUUUAGUGUAGGAAUGUUCUGGGAUUUACCAAGCCUUCAAGUAUUAAAUUUAGCAAAAAACAAAAUUCAGGCCAUUGAAAGAGGAAGUUUUCAACGAAAUAAUCAAUUGGAAGCCAUACGAUUGGAUGGUAAUUUCAUAUCGGAUAUAAACGGAGUGUUUUCGACCUUGUUAAGUUUACUUUGGCUUAAUUUAUCUGAAAAUCAUUUAGUAUGGUUCGAUUACGCGUUUAUUCCUAGCAAUUUGAAAUGGUUAGAUGUACACGGAAAUUUCAUAGAGCAUUUAGGUAAUUACUACAAAAUACAAGAUCAAAUUAGAAUAAAAACAUUGGAUGUUAGUCAUAACCGAAUUGUAGAAAUAUCUCCAUUAGCGAUCCCUAACAGUGUGGAACUAUUGUUUAUAAACAACAACCACAUUAACAAUAUCCAAGUAAACACAUUUAUGGAGAAACGUAAUCUCACCAGAGUUGAUAUUUACGCAAAUGAGAUAUCUCAUUUAGAUAUCAACAGCCUCCGGUUAUCGCCAGUCCCAUCGAACAAGUCGUUGCCAGAGUUCUAUAUAGGAGGAAAUCCGUUUGAUUGCGAUUGCUCUAUGGAAUGGUUGCCUUUAAUAAAUAACAUGACUGCCAUGAGACAACACCCAAGAAUAAUGGAUCUUGAAAACGUGCUAUGCAAAAUGACACAUACUAGAGGUGUUACACACAUUCCAUUAAGUAAUUUAAAAUCAACAGAUUUCUUGUGCACAUAUGAAACUCAUUGCUUUACAUUGUGCCACUGUUGUGACUAUGUUGCUUGUGAUUGCCAAAUGACUUGCCCUUAUAAUUGUUCUUGUUACCACGACCCGACCUGGCACACCAAUGUAGUCGAUUGUUCUAGUCAAAGCGCUGUCGAAAUACCGGAAAAAAUACCUAUGGACGCAACUGAGGUCUACAUAGAUGGGAACAACUUUAAAGAAUUGCAAAAUUAUGCAUUCAUUGGCAGGAAAAAUAUGAGAUCGCUUUAUGUAAAUUCCAGUGACGUUGAAAAUAUACAUAAUAGAACAUUUGCCGGUUUAUCUUCCCUCGUUAUUUUGCAUCUGGGGAAUAAUAAACUGAAAUAUCUAAAUGGGUAUGAGUUUGAGCAUUUGACUUCCCUCACUGAGCUUUAUUUACAAGAAAAUUUCAUAGCCUAUAUCGAAAAUAACACUUUUUCAAGUUUGGUCUCGUUAAAAAUUUUAAGAUUAGAUGGAAAUAGAUUAGUCGAUUUUAAUCUUUGGAUUUUAACUUUGAAUAAGAAUUUAAAUAGCAUCUCUAUAGGUAAUAACAUGUGGUCGUGUAAAUGUAGAUACUUGCAAAGGUUUACAGCUUAUAUAUCAGAAAAUGUUCCUAAAAUAAUUGAUUUAGUGGAUGUAUGGUGUUCAAAUAUAGGGCAGUCACCACAAAAGAAAGAAUUAAAUCUUAACGGUACCAUAUGCAGUGACUAUUACGCCAGCGAUACGGCGAUGGACAAUAUGCUCAUAACAAAUUACAUGCCAAUGAUGGUGACCUCAUUGACUGGGUUUAUGUUAAUCCUACUCGUUACUCUUAUAAUAUUUUUGUGUAGAGAUACAAUUCGAAUAUGGCUUUAUACCAGCUGCGGAAUUAGAUUUUUCCCAUUCGCUGGAGCAUAUGAUGACACAGAUAAACUAUACGAUGCCUAUUUAUGCUAUAGUCCGAAAGAUGAUGAUUUUGUUAUACAAACGCUUGCCGCUGAGUUGGAAAAUGGCAGUCCAUCUUACCACCUUUGUUUGCAUUAUCGAGAUAUUCCGCAGGCUGGGGUUCCUUAUAUGCAAUGUACACUACCUUUACCUGAAGCAGCUGAAGCAUCUAAGCGUAUCAUUCUUGUGUUGACAAGAAAUUUUCUAGAAACUGAAUGGUCACGCUUUGAAUUCAAGCAGGCUUUGCAUACCAUCUUAAAAUCACGAAUUUAUACUCUUGUAAUUAUAGAAGACAGUUCAGUUUUGAAUGAAGCUCAAUGCGAUCCAGACCUGAGACCAUAUUUAAAAACUAGCUUACGAAUAAAAUGGGGUCAAAACAAGUUUUGGGAAAAAUUACGCUAUGCAAUGCCAGAUCGCAAAUAUAAAUCGAAAACAUCUAGUUUUAGAAACAAUAUUAGUUCUUACACAAUGAGAAGUGGUGUCCAAAAUGGCACGAUGAGAUCAUUUUCCUUUACGGAAAAAAUGAGAGGGCCUGGAGAUAGUGUGACCGCGACUCCUGAAUUUUUAGAGGGUCAUUCACAACAUGUUCAGACCGCUUAUGGUUCCGAUGGCAGGCCACCAUCGGACCACAUAUAUUCAUCUAUAGAUUCAGAUUACUCGUCGUUAGAAUUAGGUGGAAGUAAUCCUAAUCGAAGACGAGAGUUUAGGCAUUGGCCACCGCCUCCUGCUUUAAUUGACACACAACAUUCUGGUGGCCAAGCUUAUCUUGUCUAGUCUUCGCUUCUAAAUGUUUAAAUUAUAUUAUAAAUAAAUAAUUUAGUCAAAGCUUCUUGUGUAAAUUGUUAUUAUAAAGUGCGCGCUUUACCAAAUAAUUAAGAUUUUAAUCUAUUUUUGUAAUUUAAAGCCAUUAAAAAGGGCGUUGAUUUCUUAAUGUUGGUGUAAAUAAAUUCUAUAAGACUGCUGUAGAUUAUGUGAAUUUUGUAUAUAGUGUGUAAAUAGAUGUCCAUAUUAAGUCACAGUAUACCUAUUUAUAUACUUUAAU